GUCUUGCAAACAACUCUAUAUCCCAACAAGAGAGAGAUUGAGAAGUAAAACCAGAGAGAAGAGAGAGAUAGAGAGAAUGGCUGCGCGAUCAGGAACCGGACGAUCACCCACCUCUUCAUCUUCGCAACCACAAGCGAUGACGGGUCGGCCCAGUCAUGAAGACAUCAAACCGAAGUCAGCAGAGUGGAAAGAAGAAAAAACGACUCAUAUUUUGAAUGUCCAUCUUCCAGGUUUCGUUAAGGAGCAAAUUAGGGUGACCUACAAUGACGACUCGCGCUCCUUCAAUGUCCAAGGAGACCGUCCUCUCGGGAACAACCGUUUCGGCCAUCUCAAUGUGGAUUUCACCGUCCCGGACAACUGCAAGUUGAAGGACAUGCAGGGCAAGUUCCAGGAUGAGGUGCUCACGAUCACAAUACCAAAGGAAUACGUUUCAAAGUCCUUUGUUCCCAAGGAAACCACCACAAGUGCACAAUCACCACCAGAAAAGCCCCCAAGCAUCGCUCAAAAGCCUCCAGUGAUCAGUGAGCCACCAAAAGUGCCACCACAAAUGCCACCACCUGAAACUGCUUUCUCCUCUGCCACCAAAAAACCAGAAAGACAAUCAGAUUUUGAGAAAUUGAAGUCUCCAAAUGGCGAACCGACAGGGAAAUCUCUCGACCGUAAAACAGCCGAGAGGCCCGGCGAGAAAGUCCCGGGUAAGGGAAAAGAAACAUUGGAUGUGCCAAGCACGUCGUUGGAGAAGGAAAUGAAGAGGGCCAAUGACACUGAUGUUGCAGGUUUUGAUGGAAAAGAGAUGAGGACACCAAAAAAACCAGAUUUGAUCAAAUCAAAAGCAGGAGAGAGUAAGAGUGGUGCUGAUGAUGCUAGGAAGAAGAAGAGGGAUGCGAAAGUGGGUGAAGCAGAGAAGCAGUUGCUUGUGAAUGUGGGUGUGGCAGCUCUUGUGCUUGUGGCAUUUGGGGCUUAUGUUGGUUACAACUUUGCUUGUCCUAGGUCAGCAGGGGAGUAAUCUACCUUAGGAUCAUGUCUGAAUAUAUGUUCAUCACAUAUUUAUGGGUGUGAAAUAACAUUAGAGGCAGUGAAAGAAUAUAUAUACACGUGUUCUUCUUCAAAUGCAUAUUUGUAUAGUACCUUGAAUACACAAUUCUAGUGAAUACUAGAUUAUAGGA